UUUUUUUUUUUUUUGCUAGCUUAGCUUCUCACCGACGCAACGCCUGUUAGAAAAGAGACCCCAAAAAAAAGCAAAAGAAAGAGAAGAGGAACAAUAUGUCGGACGACUGCGAGUUCAGCGAAGACGUGGGCAUCAUGAGGAUGGAGGAGGACGGGGUGGCGUACAACGACGACCCCAUGACGGCCGCGGCGUCGGCCGACGGCGGCCUGGCUGGGGACGAGGCCGAGGGAGCGAAAAUCGAUGCCAGUAAAAAUGAGGAGGAUGAAGGGAAGAUGUUUGUCGGCGGUCUCAGCUGGGACACGACCAAGAAGGACCUGAGAGACUACUUCUCCAAGUUCGGCGAGGUCAUCGACUGCAACCUGAAACUGGACCCCAUGACCGGCCGCUCCCGGGGUUUCGGCUUCGUGCUCUUCAAGGACGUGGCGAGCGUCGACAAGGUAACCGCGCAGAAGGAUCAUAAUCUCAACGGGAAGGUGAUCGACCCCAAAAAAGCCAAGGCCAUGAAGAGCAAGGAGCCGGUCAAAAAGAUCUUCGUAGGCGGCCUCUCUCCGGACACUCCUGAGUCCAAAGUGCGAGAAUACUUUGGCACUUUUGGAGAGGUAGAGGCCGUGGAGCUUCCCAUGGAGAGCAAGACCAACAGGAGGAGAGGCUUCUGCUUCAUCACGUUCAAAGAGGAGGAACCCGUCAAGACCAUCAUGGAGAAGAAGUACCACAAUGUCGGCCUCAGCAAGUGUGAAGUGAAGGUGGCCAUGUCCAAGGAGCAGUACCAGCACCAGCAGUACUGGGGAGGCAGAGGCGGGUACUCGCUCAGGUCUCGAGGACGAGGAGGCGGUGCGGCCCCAAGUUGGAACCGGGGUUACGGCAACUACUGGAACCAGGGCUACAGCAACUACAGCGGCUACGGCAAUCAAGGCUACGGCGGCUACGGCGGCUACAGCGGCUACGAUUACUCCGGUUACAGCAACUAUUACGGAUACGGUGGCGACAGUACCGAGCCGGCCGCUUACGGCAAGACGCCGCGCCGCCCCGUUCACAGCACCAGUUACCGACCGUACUGAAAACAGGUCGCGUGGAAAGAUGACACGAGCAGGUACGCCCGCAACGCCGCGCCGUCACGCCCCGUUACGACGGUAAAAAAGUAGUCCUGUUAUUUAAAACUGUUUGAUAAUAUUUGAUGUGUAAUUUAAAACAUUUUCCUUUUUGGUAACGUAGCGGCUACACGGAGGCGAUUAUUUUUUUUUUAACACCCGCCAGCCUCCUUUUGCACCAUUUUUCUUUGUUUUUUUCUCUCUUCUUUAACUGUAAAGUUAACAGGUAAAGCACUACUACUACUACUACUACUACUACUACUACUACUACUGCAGUUAUGGAUUUACAGUACACGGAACUGUUGUGUCUCCUAACUCUGACAUACCUUGUUUGUACCUGCCAGCGGAGCUUCCUUGCAGGCCAUGAGCUGACUCCAGAUACUGUCAAGGCCCGCUCAAUGCGGACCGGGUACGAGACGCAUACGCUCUCGCUUGCUGCCGUUUGGUGUCGCCGACGGGGGAGGCGCGAGCGGACGGCGGCUGACGGGCGCCGACGACGCCGAGCGAAAACAGAAGAGCCCACAUUUUUUAUUUUUCUUUAUUUCCAUCGUGUUUCUUGGAGCUGACACUUUUUUUUUUUUUUUUUGCAAGAUCUUUAUUUAGAGGAAGAGUUCUCAUUCUAUUUUUUUUUUUUUUGGGGGGGGGGUUACGUGAAUGAUUAUUAAUAGUUAGACACUUAUUUACAGUGGUAGAUGCAGAUAUUCUCUAUUGAUUCUAUACAAAGUUCAUAUGAACACAUACACAAUAUAUAUUCAAUGUAAGCGUGGUAAAACAAUAAAAUACUUGUUUGGAUU